AUGGCGGCGCGGCGCCUCCGUCGCGCGCUUAUGACGCCACAAACAUGCGCCGCCCGCCCUGGAAGGUCGGCCCGUCGCGCGAGCCCCUCCCGCCACUCUCAACAUGGCGGCCCGGCCACCUCCGCCGACGUCAUCUCCGCGCGCCGCGCGCGGGCCGAGGGCGGCGGCGGCUCCGGCAGGGCCGGGGAAGGAGCGGGGGGGGGCGUCCCCAACAUGGCGGCGGCGGCGGCGGCUGCUCCCGCGUCCCCCGCGGGCCCCGCCGCCUCACCGGGCCCCUCGGCCCCGCCGCCACCGCCCCCGUCGCCUCCGCCGCUCCCCCCCUCAAGAUGUCGGCGGCGGCUCGGUCGCGCGCGGCGUGACCGGCGGCGGGAGCGGCGGGGGGAGCCCCGGGCCGGCUCCUCAGGGCGCCAUGGGCCCGGCGCGGCGGCGGAGGCGGAGCGGGCCCGAGGCGGGCGCGGGGCGGCGGCGGCGGCGGCGCUGCUGAACGGGAACAGCUCCGCGGGCGCGGCCCCGGAACGGGCCCGGGCCGGUGAGUGCCCCGGGGGGAGCGGGGCCGGGCCCGGUGAGUGCCCCGGGGGGAGCGGGAGGGAAGCGGGGCAGGCCCCGGGGGGAGCGGGCCCCGGCGGAACCGGAGCGCUUCGGGCUCGGGCGGAACCGGAGCCCGGCGGGGCCGUUCCGGGGCAGCGCGGGGGGGGCGCUGCCACCAACCGGAACCGGAACCGGAACCGGCACCGGGCGGGACACGGGGACGGGCCCGGGCGGCUCCCGGUGCCCCGGACAGCGGGGACGGGUGAGGGGGGCUGGGGGGGCCCAGGUGUGCGCAGGUUUUGCCGGCGGUUCCCGGGCGCUGGGAUCACCGUGGGCGCGUUCCCGCGGCGCGGGAUGGACGGGAGCGGCCCCGGAGCCCCGGCCAUGGCUCCGGACGGCGAGGCGGAGCCGCCGGGCGAGGCCGGAGCCCCGAUCCGGCAGAACGGCGGGAAGCGGCCGGAGAGCGCGGCCGGAGCGGCGGCGCCGGGGCAGGAGGAGGAGGAGGAGGAGGAGGAGGAGGAGGAGCCGGAUUUGUUCUCCGCGCUGGCCCGGACGGAGCCCGGGGUGGCCCUGGAGGCCAACGAUGAGGCCGGUGAGUGCCGGGGGAGGGGACGGGAACGGGAACGGGAUUGGGACCGGGAGCGGAACCGGGAGUGGGACCGGGAUCAGAACUGGGAGCGGAACCAGGAGCGGAACCGGGAUCGGAACCGGGAGCGGAACCGGGAACGGAACCGGGAGUUUUGCCGGCGGUUCCCGGGCGCUGGGAUCACCGUGGGCGCGUUCCCGCGGCGCGGGAUGGACGGGAGCGGCCCCGGAGCCCCGGCCAUGGCUCCGGACGGCGAGGCGGAGCCGCCGGGCGAGGCCGGAGCCCCGAUCCGGCAGAACGGCGGGAAGCGGCCGGAGAGCGCGGCCGGAGCGGCGGCGCCGGGGCAGGAGGAGGAGGAGGAGGAGGAGGAGGAGGAGGAGCCGGAUUUGUUCUCCGCGCUGGCCCGGACGGAGCCCGGGGUGGCCCUGGAGGCCAACGAUGAGGCCGAUGAGCCCGACCCCGCCCUCUCCGGAGCCGUCCCGGCCGCGCCUCACCGGACACAGCUCGGCGCGGCUCCCGAGGAGCGCCUGCCGUUCCCGCGGCUGCUGUUCCGUGCGGAGCCGGUGCCCGCGGGCUGGGCCGCUCCGGCCCAAAGCACUUUCCGGAGCGAUUCCCCGGAGUCGCCCUUUUCCCUGGAGCCCCGGCCGGACGCGGAGCCGCCGGACAGCGACCGGGACGCGGAGCCGGACGCCGGGAAAGCUCCGCCGGAAUCUCCCGAGCCCGUCCCGGCCGGGGAGCACCCCCAGACGCAACCAAAGCAGGCGGAAGCGCCCGGCGCCGAGCGGAGCCGCGGGAGCCUCCGGAGGUUGGAGUGGAUCCCCGGGCCGGCGUUCCCGCAGCUCCGGGACGUAGCGGCCGGCUCGGCUUUCCGGCGGGAAGCGGCUCCGGCGUUCCGGAGAGCGCCCAAAGCCAAAGGCUCGGAGAGCCGGCGCCGGAGGGCGGCGCAGCCGGAGCCGGCCGGGCCCCCGGAGCGGGCGCCGGCCGAGCCGCCGUGGGCGCUCGACGCCGCCGACGCGCCGGAGCCGCCGCCGCGCGGAGCCUUCGCGCCCGGCCCGGCCCGCGGCCUCCUCCCGGAGCCGCCGGACGGGGAAGCGGAGCCGGAGCCGGAGCCGGAGGACGACGCCGGCGUUUUCACCUGCAUCGAGUGCAGCAUCUACUUCCGCAAGAAGGAGCACCUGCUGGAGCACACGCUGCAGCACAACCGCGGCGCCGAGCGCGGCGCCGACUCCCCCGCCGGCCGCCGCCGCCUGCGCUGCGGCGAGUGCGGCUGGGCCUUCGGCGAGCCGGCGGCGCUGGAGCGGCACCGGCGGCUGCACCAGGAGUCCCGGGAGAAGAUCAUCGAGGAGAUCCAGAAGCUGGACGAGCUGCCGGACGAGGGCCGCGAGGCGCGGCUGCAGUGCCCCAAGUGCGUCUUCGGCACCAACUCCUCCAAGAUCUUCGUGCAGCACGCCAAGAUGCACGUCAAGGAGAGGAAGGAGGGCGGCUCCCGCGGCUCCGGCUCCGGGCUGGGUUCCGGGCUGGGCUCCGGGCUCGGCUCCGGGCUCUUCCACGGUCUCUCGGGUGCCGAGGAGGCUCCGGCGGCUCCGGCCGGGCGAGCGCCGAGCUCCUGCGUCCUGUGCGGGUUCCCGGCGCCCGACGAGCGCGUCCUGAGGGAGCACCUGAGCUUCGCCCAUUCCCACCUGUCCUGGCAGAGCUUCCCGGACGAUCCCGGCCAGCCCGGCACCAGCCGCGAUUCCUUCAGCCCCGCCGAGUUCUUCGGGAAAAGCGAGCGGCUGUUGGCGGCGCCGGCGGCGCGGGAGGGCUCGGAGAGGAGCGACGGCGGCGCCGGGAAGGACUGGAGGGGGCUCCAGCACGCCAGGAAGGCGGCGCCGCGUCCCGGCCCCCACCAAAGCCCGGGAUUCGCCGGAUUCGCCGGCGCCAAGGGCCACUCGCACUCGGCCCUGCGGCUGCCGAGGAAGAGAGCGGCCGGGCAGGACGGGGACGGCGACGCCGCGGGGCUGGAGGAGCCGGGCGGCGUCGCCGUCCCCGCGGCGGCGCUGGAGCUCAAGAGGAGCUUCGGGGCCCUGCUGAGGGCGGCGGGCUCGGAGCAGCAGCGGCGGCAGCUGCGGGCCAUGGUGCCCCUGGUGCUCCUGGAGGAGCCGAGCGCCAAGAGGAGGAGGAGGAGGAGGAGGAGGAGGAGGAGGAAGAAGCCCCCGGCAGCGGCAGCGGCAUCAGGCGGGGGUUUCCUGCUGGAGGAUCCGCUGCCCCUGGACGUGCUGCUGCUGGAGGCGCCGCUGGAAGCGCCGCUGGAGCUGGAGGAGCUGCUGGGCUCGGAGGGCGCGGCGCUGAGGAACGAGGAGAGGCGCUGCCCCUACUGCCCCGACCGCUUCCACAACGGCAUCGGGCUGGCCAACCACGUCCGCGGCCACCUCAACCGCGUCGGCGUCAGCUACAACGUGCGGCACUUCAUCUCGGCCGAGGAGGUCAAGGCCAUCGAGCAGAGGUUCUCCUUCCAGAAAAAGAAAAAGAAAGUGGCCAACUUCGACCCGGGCACGUUCAGCCUGAUGCGCUGCGAGUUCUGCGGCGCGGGUUUCGACACGCGGGCGGGGCUGUCGAGCCACGCCCGCGCCCACCUGCGCGACUUCGGCAUCACCAACUGGGAGCUGACGGUGUCGCCCAUCCACAUCCUGCAGGAGCUGCUGGCCGCGACCCCCGCGCCCCCCGCGCUGCUGCGCGCCCUCGCGCCCUCCCCCGCCGCGCCCUGGGGCCCCCCCGGCCCGCAGCAGUACGGGGACGUGCUGGCUCCGGACGAGGAUGACCUGGUGGCCAUGGAAGUGACGUCCCCUCCUCCCUUUCCCAAAAAAAGCUCCGGGAAUUUGGUGCUGGAGCCGCCCCCGCCCCGCCUCGGGACCAAGCUCUCCCCGGAGCCCCCCGGCAGCAAAGCCGAGCCCCAGGAUUCCAAAGCCCCCAGCCUGACCACGUGCGAGGUGUGCGGCGCCUGUUUCGAGACGCGCAAGGGCCUCUCGAGCCACGCGCGCUCCCACCUGCGCCAGCUCGGCGUGGCCGAAUCCGAGAGCUCCGGCGCUCCCAUCGACCUCCUGUACGAGCUGGUGCGGCACAAAGCCAAAGCCGACGGCGCCAGGAAAUCCUCGUCUCCCAAAGACCCGGCGGUGCCGGCGGCGCCGCGCCCGGAGCCGCCGCUCAACAAAGCCAUCAAAUCCCCGCCGGGUUUCGGCAAGGCGGCGCCGGGCUCGCCGGGGCUGCGCAAGGCCGUGCCGGGCUCGCCGUGCGCCCGCGGCGCCGACGACAAGGGCGCCAAGCUGGGGCUGGCGGCGCUGCCCGCCGACGGCAAAUGGGGGCCGGACGAGGAGGCGCCGCUCAACCUCACCUCGGGCGCGGAGCCGUGCCGCGACAUCCGCUGCGAGUUCUGCGGGGAGUUCUUCGAGAACCGCAAGGGGCUGUCGAGCCACGCGCGCUCCCACCUGCGCCAGAUGGGCGUCACCGAGUGGUACGUGAACGGCUCGCCCAUCGACACGCUGCGCGAGAUCCUGGCGCGCCGCCGCCCCGCCGCGCACCCCAAAGCCCUGCCCAAGGGGCUCCUGGCCGGGCUGGCGCCGCUGGAGCCGCCGCGGCCGCCGGAGCUGCACCUGGCCGGGCUGGCCAAGAAGGCUCCGCUCAGCCCCCCGGGGCCGGCGCCCGGCGCGGCCUCGCCGCCGCCCACGGCCAGGAAGAUGUUCCCGGGGCUGGCGGCGCCGGGAGUGCCCAGGAAGAUGAAGCAGGAUCAGCUGCGGGUGGAGAUCAAGCGGGAGCUGAUGGGCUCGGCAGGAGGAGGAGGAGGAGGAGGAGGAGGAGGAGGGGCCGGGAUCCAUCCCGGGGAGGCGGCGGCGCCGGAGCCGGGCUGGGCCGCGCACGAGGAGAUGGCGCCGCUCAACCUCUCGUCCCGGGCGGAGCCGUGCCGCGACAUCCGCUGCGAGUUCUGCGGGGAGUUCUUCGAGAACCGCAAGGGGCUGUCGAGCCACGCGCGCUCCCACUUGCGCCAGAUGGGCGUCACCGAGUGGUCGGUGAACGGCUCGCCCAUCGACACGCUGCGCGAGAUCCUCAGGAAGAAAUCCAAGCCCUGCCUCAUCAAGAAGGAGCCGCCGAUCCCGCCGGGGCUGGAGGCUCCCAGCCCUUUGCCGGAGGAGGCGCCGGAUCCCAAACUCCCGGCGCCGGCUCCCGGCAAAGCUCUGCCGCCGCUGGCGCUGGCGCCGCUGGGCGCCGGCCGGCCCGGGAAGCCGGGAUCGGGAUCGGGGCUGGCGCUGGCGCCGCUGGGAGCCAAAAACGCCGGAGCUUUCCUGGGGGCCAAACGGGCGCUGCCCGAGGAGGGGCUGGGAGCGCCCGGAGACCCCAAACACCGCGGCUUCGAGCUGGGCAUCAAGGCCCGGGCCCUGCACGACAAGGCCUCGGCCGAGGCGUGCUGCGAGCUGUGCGGGCUGUACUUUGAGAACCGCAAGGCUCUGGCGAGCCACGCCCGGGCUCACCUGCGCCAGUUCGGCGUCACCGAGUGGUGCGUCAACGGCUCCCCCAUCGAGACCCUGCGCGAGUGGAUCCGGCACCGGCCCCACAAGGCCGGCGCCUACCGCAGCUACAUCCAGGGCGGCCGGCCCUUCUCCAAGAAGUUCCGGAGCUCGGCGCCGCCGCGGGAGCCGCGCGGGGCGCUGGGAAUGCCCUUCCUGGGCAAGGCGGCGGCGCUGGCGGCCGAGGCGGCGCUGGGGGACGGCAAAGGAAGCGACGGAGCCGAGAGAGCCCUGGGGACGGCGCUGGGGGUGGUGAAGGUGGAGGAGCCGCGGGGGAACUUCAGCAAGUUCGAGCGGCGCCAGGCGCGGCCGCUGGAGCCGCCGCUGCCGCGGGACGAGGAGGGCGGUGCCGAGUUCCCGCGGAAGCUUCCGGAGCCGCGGCCGCCGCCGCGCGUGCGCCCGGUGCCGGCGCUGGUGCCGCGCCCGCCCCAAACCUCGCUGGUCAAGUUCGUGGGGAACAUCUACACCCUCAAGUGCAGGUUCUGCGAGGUGGAAUUCCAGGGCCCGCUGUCCAUCCAGGAGGAGUGGGUGCGGCACCUGCAGCGCCACAUCCUGGAGAUGAAUUUUUCCAAGGCGGAUCCGUGCCGGAGCGAGGCCCCCCCGGAGCCGCCCGCCCUGCCUGAGGCUCCCUGAAUAUUCCCAAAAAAAAUUCCAGGAGGGGAAAAACAACAACAACAACAACAAACCCACAAAAAAAAAAAAACCCGCAACGAAAAACAAAAAAACAAACAAACAAACAAAAAAAAAUCCCGACGGGAAUUCCGGAAUUCCGCCGGAAUCUCCCCGUGGGUUUUUUUUCCCCCCCAAAUCCGCGGUUUUCCGGGAAAAGCGGGAGCGAGCGGCGCCUCGGAGUCGUCCCCAGGGCCGGGACGGCCACAAGCACUACACGGAGCGGAUCCUCGGAAUUCCCAGCGGGAAUUCUCCCCCCCGGGAUUCCGCCCUUCUCGUCGCUUCCCGGGAAACAAAACAAAAAGGAAAAAAUCCCUUUCUUUUAUCCCAAAGAACCGGCGGCGUCGCCUUUUCCCGCUGGUGGCGGCUCGGGGAGGGAAUUCCCGGGAAUUCCUGGAAUUCCCGGGGGGGAAACGCUGUGGAUUUUGUACAUUUGGACCCUGGCAGAGUUGUAAAUUCCCAAGGUUUUUUUUCCCUUUUUUUUUUUUUUGGUUUUAUUUUUCCGUUUGUUUCUCUUCCCGUGGCCCCGUCGAUGUCGGAAUUCCCUCAGUUCCGGGGUUGCAUGUUCCCAAAAUUCCCACUUUUCCCAAGCAAAUCCCGCGGGAUUCACCCCCCUCCUGCCGCUGCCGAUUCCCAAAAUUCCCCCGGCGGCGGCGGCGGGAGCCGGGAAUGCCGCGGGAAUGCCGCGGGAAUGCCCAGAAUUCCGGGAGGAUUCGGCUCCGUUUCUUUUCCCCGAUUCCCAGUUUCUUCCCCCCCGUCCGUUGUUCUUGGUUUUUAUUCCCGGAUUUUUUUUUUCCCCCUCAUUCCCAACUUUUUUAAUCUCUAGAUUUGUGUAGGAGAGCGAAGGACAGAGAUCCGUUUUUAUUUGGGAAUCCCGAAACUUCCGGAUUUCGGAAGGAAUUUUAACGGGGAAAAAUUUUGGGUUUUUUUCCUGAUUUUUUUUUUUUCCCCCCCUGAUUUUUUUUUUUUUUUAAUUUUUUUUUUUUUUUUUUAAAUUUCCACGUUUUUCCGGAGGUUUCCGGCAGUUCCUGCGCCCGGGAGUGGGGGACGAUGGAUUAAAUUCUUCUGGAAAUGAA